CCAACCGCCAAUAAAAUUCAAGAAGAAGAAGAAGAAGAAGGCUCUGCUCAUGGCUGAUAUCGCUAACUAAAAGCCCAGUAUGCAGAUAUUCACAAAGCAACACUUGUUUUGGACGGCUUCUUUGAAUAUGAAGAUUUCCUAGGUACAUGAGUCUCACAGGAGCUAUCAGAAGGCGAGGAAAAGGAAAAAGCUGAAGGAAAUAACAAGGCUAGUGUAACCGGAGUCCUCCCCCCUCCCCCUUACUGGAACUCUGCAGAGAUGCCUGAGGUACGGGACCUUUCAGAGGCCUUACCAGAGAUGUCUAUGGACCCAAUCACUGGUGUUGGAGUGGUAGCUUCCAGGAACAGGGCACCCACUGGAUAUGACGUGAUAUCUACGACAACAGAUGGCCUGGAUGCAGACUUGUGGAAAGAUGGUCUUUUCAAAUCCAAGGUGACCCGUUACCUUUGCUUCACCAGAGUUUUCUCAAAAGAAAAUAGCCAUUUAGGCAACGUUCUUGUGGACAUGAAACUGAUUGAUAUAAAGGACACUUUGCCAGUGGGUUUCAUCCCAAUCCAGGAGACUGUCGACACUCAGGAACAGGCCUUCAGAAAGAGACGACUAUGCAUCAAGUUUAUUCCGAGAGACUCUACAGAAGCAGCUAUCUGUGACAUCCGUAUCCUUGGACGCACAAAACAGGCCCCUCCUCAGUAUACCUUUAUAGGGGAGCUCAACAACAUGGGAAUCUGGUAUCGUAUGGGUAAUGUGCCUCGUGCUCAGGACUCAACGCAAACACCAACAACCAACAAUAUCCAGAAUGCAAAUUCCUCCACUGCCCCAGUCCCAGCUGCUCCUAUACCCAAGCAUAUUUCCAUGACCCUGCCAGCCAGCUUCAGAGGAAAGAACACCACCAGACCAGACUAUGAGCACCAGAACUCUAAUCUUUAUGCUAUCUCAGCUAUGGAUGGAGUGCCUUUUAUGAUUUCUGAGAAGUUUGCCUGCGCCUCCUCUGAUCUGCAACAGGUGGAUCUGAUGGGCAUUACAAUCAAGUCUCUAGCUGAGAUUGAAAAAGAGUAUGAUUACAGUUUCCGCACUGAGCACAGUGCAGCGGCUCGCCUCCCUCCCAGUCCAACACGAACCUCCCUGAGCUCUGAAGCCUGAUGUUUCACUAACAAUAAAUACCAACAGGAGAGACUUGUACACAACUACUGAGUACCAGCCCACUACAGUGAAGACAACCAACCUCUCCAAGAUGGCCAUCCUGAGAAGGAAGUCAAAGUCCAGCUGGAGCCAAGCAUGUGCAGACUGAAAACACUGCAUACAACACAGAGGAGCUGGUUUUUAAACAGAGAUUAUGGAUUUGUUUUUCUGCAAAUGCAGAAGAAUCUUACUCACACGUCACCUUCAAAACAAACAUGGCUACGGUCACACUGCAGGUCUUGAUGCUCAAUUCCUACUUUUUGCAGAAAUCAGAUUGUUUUUGAGGUGGCCGUUCAUUGCGUAAGUAAUGGGGAAUAUAAUUGUUUCCAGAAAUGUUCAAUAAAGUUUCGUUAUAAAAAAAAUCCCUCGAAAAGAAAAAAAAAGUGGAUACUGGCCGGCAUCUCUCCUUGUUAUUAGAAAGCUGUUGAGUGAUGGGACCGACAACGUUAAGAUCACUUCAUUGCAGGACUAAAUAAGGUAAGAAAAUGGCAGCGCAUCUGUAAAUGGUCUUUUAUGGAGCGCUAACUACUACUGCUGUGUGUGGAUCUGUAGUGAGAGACAGGAGAGUGACAUGAAAGACGUGACUAUUCAGACUGCUGACGCUUUGAAAAAAAAAUCUGAUACCUAUCCGAAUUAGUACCACAUAUGAAAGUGUCACGGAAUUGUUCACAAUGUUUUGAAAAAACAGACGUGGGAUGCACAUGGACAAAAAGAUUGGAUUUGGGUUUUAUUUCCCUGCAGUGUGAAUGUUGCUAUGAUGAGAGCAUCCCAGGGCAGGUAAUUGUAAUGAAGGAUGUGUUUUUGUUUUUGUUCAUCUAAAAGCAGAUGUGCCCCCUUCUAACGUCCCUGCUACUGUGUUCUGAAUCAACACAUUGUGAGGCAUAUUCAAGUUCUACUUGGCUUUAUUGGAAAAAUACAUUGUUCUCUUCUUGUUACUGUAGUAUACUGGUUUAACUGUAAGUGCACUUUGUGUUUGGGACUUUUAGUGUGCUUCCUGUUUGCCUGAGAUGUGCUGGAACCACGUCUACAUCUUUUUACACGAGUCAGCAUCUUUGAUAGCUUAUGGAACCACUGUUACAGUUUGCUAACACCUAACAGCUUCCACUGCUAAAUUACAAAAACCACUAUAAAGUUUCAGCGAAGUUGGUUGAUGAAUGGUAAAAAACAAUAUAUUAUCUUUACAUAAUUUUGUAGAAUUCUUGUUUUUGUUUUAUUGGUUACAUAAUGUCCUGAAUCAGAUUCAACCUACCUGUGACAUUAUCUUAAACCACAUUUGCUGUUUAAUUGUCUAAUACCAACAGUGAAAAGAAAGACAUUUCUGAAAAAAAAAAAAUACAAAAAAAACUUAAGCUUAGUUGAAUUUAUGGAUCACAUAGGAGAAAAACCUGCUUUUGUGUUUUUCAGAGUACACCUUUAUAAGUUUCUGUUUACUUUGUUUUUAACCUCAAACCUUUUUUGGAAGUCAUAUUAUGUAUGGAUCAUAUCUAAUUAUAUUACAGGAAUUAUUAAUAAUAACGAAAGGUCAAACGAGUUUUCAGUCACUGCUCCCUUCUAACAAACUACUAAUGGGAUAAUUAUAGAGUAGCUUCAGUUCUAGAUGCUUUUUUUUUUUUCCUUUUCAUUAUUGUUUUUUUCUAUGGUCUGCUGCUCAUUGAGAUUUUAUACAUUGUUUUUGUUUUAACUUUUGUUCCAAUUGUCUAUUUUAUAUAUAUUUUUUAUACUCAAGCUUUUGGGGGCUCACAACCAGACUCAUAUGCACCAGUGAGCGUGUGAUCGGUAAAAUGUGCACUGUAUUCUUUUUUUUUUUUCUUUUUUUUUCAUGCAUUUCAACACCUGGUAAUGCACAAAUAUCGGUAACAAUCUGACACUCUUCUAUAGUUUCAAUCACUCCAAAUGUUUAAUGCCUGUCAAAAAUAUGUUGGUAUUUGCAGUGUUUUCAAGUCAUUACCACAGAUAAACUAAUUUUGCUAUUCUUGACUAUAAUUUAUUAGUCGAUUUCAAUAUUGUGAUCAUGUUUUCUGUAAGGCUCUGUUCUGGUUGUUAGACCUUCAGCAUAGAAAAAUGCCCAUUGCACUGCUGAUAUGAUCACCAGGAUAAAAAAAGUAAGUCGAUGUGCUUGCUUUCAGUUAGGCUAACCCUGUAUCAUUUCUUAGAUUUAGUGUUCACUAAACAGUCUAGAGGUCAGUAAUUCCAACUAAUCCUGUUUUGAAAGUGCUUGUUGGUCUGCAUGUUGUCAUGAUGAAGUAUCAAGAUUUAGGAUAUUUUUUGGGUAAUGGUCAAAGAUUUUGUUUCAUAAAGAUUUCAUCUUUAAUUAUAAACAAUUCAACUUAAGUGGAAAUUGUGUUACAAGGAUCUUGAUGAACAAAAGCUUACACGUCAGGAUUUUUUGUUUUCUUGUUAUCACAAUAGAAUAGAUUGAUAAAGAAAUGGUAAACCUGA